UAAUAAAAUUUAAAGAAAUAAAAUAAAAUAAAAGAAGAAAUUAAGCUUUAGGUAACUUUAAGCACUUAGAAGAAUGUGGAACCCGAACUACGGGUCAGCCUGACGCCGCCAGCUCGGUAACUAGGUAACCGCCUCCCGCCCUGCUUGCGCGUGCGCAGAAAGACGUCGCAGCCAACACAGGCCCGCAGAAAUCCGGCCCGAGGGGCGGGGCCCUCAAAAGCCCAGCAUUCCCCGCGCGCCAACAUGGCGGCGCCCGCGUUGCGGUGGCUUUCGGCGGGCCGGUGGCCUGGUGCCCCGGGACUGUCAGCACUCUCGCCGCGGGGUCUGCGUCGGACGCACUCAGGCGCUCAGGGGCUGCUGGCGACUCAGAAGGCUCGGGGGCUUUUCAAGGAGUUCUUCCCGGAGACGGGGACGAAGACUGAGCUCCCGGAGCUCUUCGACCCGAGGUCGGCGGGCCGCUCUCCCCAGACCGUUUACUGCGGCUUCGACCCCACGGGCGACUCGCUGCACGUGGGGCACCUGCUGGCGCUGCAGGGCCUGUUCCACUUCCAGCGAGCGGGCCACAACGUGAUCGCGCUCGUGGGCGGCGCCACGGCGCGCCUGGGGGACCCGAGCGGCCGCACCAAGGAGCGCGAGGCGCUGGCGGCCGAGCAGGUGCGGGCGAACGCGAGCGCCCUGCGCCGCGGGCUGCAGGCGCUGGCCGCCAACCACCGGCAGCUGUUCGCCGACGGGCGGGCGUGGGGCAGCUUCACGGUGCUGGACAACGCGGCCUGGUACCAGCAGCAGCGGCUCGUGGACUUCCUGGCGGACGCGGGCGGCCACUUCCGCAUGGGCACGCUGCUGAGCCGGCAGGGCGUGCGGGCGCGCCUGCGCAGCGCCGAGGGCAUGAGCCUGGCCGAGUUCUGCUACCAGGUGCUGCAGGCCUACGACUUCUACUACCUGUUCCGGCACUACGGCUGCCGGGUCCAGCUGGGCGGCUCCGAUCAGCUGGGGAACAUCGUGUCGGGAUACGAGUUCAUCCACAAACUAACUGGAGAAGAUGUGUUUGGAAUCACUGUCCCUCUGAUUACAAGCACAACUGGAGCAAAGCUGGGGAAGUCCGCUGGCAAUGCUGUGUGGCUGGACCGAGAAAAGACAUCUCCCUUUGAAUUGUAUCAGUUCUUUGUCAGACAGCACGAUGAUGCUGUGGAGAGGUACCUGAAGCUCUUCACUUUUCUGCCCGUUGCAGAGAUUGACCACAUUAUGCAGCUGCAUAGCAAAGAACCAGAAAAGCGGGGUCCACAG